CUGGGAUUUUUUUUUUUUUUUUUGUUGAUUUCUCAAAUUUCAGUGUCGUACGAAUUUUCUCUCUCGUCUUCUGCGGAAUAUAUAUUUUUUUCUUGGGCUGGGAAAAUCUCUGGGAGAUCUUCUUCGUCUCUUUAUUUUCGUUUCUCUCUCCUACUUUUUUCCUCCACUGGGCAUCUUGCGAGCUACGCAAGUUUCCUAGUUACUACUACUAUUUCGAUUUCGUUACCCUUUUUUUCCAUUUGACAUUUUGAUCAAAGCUUUUUUUCCGUCUCGAGAUUAACGCUGUCCUCCUUUUUUUUUUUUUUUCUCCAUUUUAUACCAAAUAUUUAAUGUUGUUAUAUCGUCAAAGGCAAACUAUUUUCUGGUAAGGUGGGUUUGUUACGAAAUGGGAAGAUUAUUUGUGAUCAACCUCGAAGGACUGGUUUAUAGCUGCAAACAUUGUCAGACUCAUUUCGCUCUUACUAAUGAUCUUAUCUCUAAGUCAUUUCACUGCAAGCAUGGAAGGGCUUAUCUUUUCGACAAUGUUGUCAAUGUGACUGUUGGAGAGAAGGAGCAUCGCGUAAUGAUGACUGGUUGGCACACUGUUGCUGACAUCUUCUGUGUUAGCUGUGGCUCUCUUGUCGGCUGGAAAUACGAAAUUGCAUACGAGAAGUCUCAGAAGUACAAGGAAGGAAAAUUCAUCAUAGAAAGGUUUAAGGUGCUUGGACCCGAUGGAGGUGGAUACGACGUGGACGAGGACGAGCCUAUGAUUGGAAGCGACGAAGAAUAAGAAAAUGGAUUCUCUUUUAAUUUUGCGGCCCCAUGGGAACUACUUUGGCUAGUGGUCAUUCCCUUCUUAUAGACUAUCGGUGACCAGCAAACUCGCUGGG